UGGGGAGUCGCCGCCGCCUCCGCGAGCGCGGUUUUCUACGCAGCAGGGCUCCGACCUCUCCCCCCGGCGGGGGUGAGCCUCGCGGCUAAGGCAGAGGGGAUGGCGGACCCUCUGAGGAGGACGCUGUCCAGGCUCCGGGGAAGGCGGGGUCCCCGCAGCACCGGGGGGCUAGGGCUCCGCGCGGCAGCCGCAGCUGCGGUGGCAGCCUCUUCGGCAGCCGCGGGAGACGCCUGGGGUGCCGCAGACACCCCCCUACGUGAGCACGCCGGGGGAGCCGGGCCGAGCCUACAGCAGCCCUCGCCGUCACCUGAGGCGUGGGGUCCCGGGGCGCGGGUCCCCGGAGAGCACCCGGAGCAGUUGGGGGCGCUCGGACCUCGGCCGCGCGGCGGGCAGGACGACGCCCCCAGGAGUCAUGGGCUCGCUCACGCCCCUCCGCACUCCCCGGAGGGCUCCGAGGGCAGCAGAGCGGAGGAGGAAGAGGACGAGGACGAAGACGGCUACGACGCCGACUACUACGAAAACCUGCCCGGCGGCUCGCAGUCUGCGCCCGAGCCUGAGGGGGCGGAGGCGGAACGGCGUCCCCCGCCUCCCCCAGCGGCGGGCUCCUCCCUGGGGGCGGAGGGCGGCCGCCUGGAGACAGGCAGGCUGCGGACCCAGUUGCGAGAGGCCUAUUAUCUGCUGAUCCAGGCCAUGCACGACCUGCCCCCUGACUCGGGCGCGCGGCGGGGCGGCGGGGGCUUGGCGGAUCACGGCUUCCCCGCGGGAGCCCGGGCUCCGGGCCAGCCGCCUUCCUGCGGCGCCGCGGACCGCCGAGCCUGCCCCCGAGACGGGGAGCGGGGAGGCGGCGGACGCCCUCGGCAGCAGGUGUCCCCGCCCCGGUCGCCUCAGAGGGAGUCGCGGGGAGGCCAGCUGCGGACUCCUCGGAUGCAGCUGUCCUGCAGCAGAAGCCUCGAGAGCCUCCGGGUGGGUGCCAAGCCGCCUCCCUUCCAGCGGUGGCCGAGCGACAGCUGGAUCAGGUGCGGCGCGCACGGGGACUGGGACGAGCCCCCGCCACGUGGAGGCAGGAUGGACGGCUGGAGUGGGGACCGCGACCGGGCGGCUGCACCCACCGGCCUCCAGCCUCCAGGCUCCAAGGACCACAGCUGCUCCUCGGGAAGCCCUUUCAGGGAUCCAGCGGGGUCCUCUGUGAUACGCAGCGGCAAAGGAGACCGCCAGGAAGGUCCCUCCUUCCUCAGGCCGCCGACAGUGACAGUCAAGAAGCUGCAGAAGUGGAUGUACAAAGGGCGUCUGCUGUCCCUGGGAAUGAAGGGUCGUGCCCGUGGGACGGCCCCCAAAGUCACGGGAACGCAGGCAGCCUCCCCAAAUGUGGGCGCUUUGAAAGUGCGUGAAAACCGUGUCCUGUCGGUGCCUCCAGACCAAAGAAUUACGCUGACAGGUAGGAUCCUUUGCGAUCAAAAUGCUAGCACCGCGAGCCUUGCUGUUUACCGACUGGGCUUCUGUCUUAAGAGCCAAGAAAAAGAUUUAUUUGAAAAUGCCUAUGGGUCUUCACUGAAGAGAAGAGAACUUGAAGAUCUGAAGGAUAAUAUUGAAUUCAGAGGUCAUAGGCCACUUAACAGCAUCACUGUUUCAAAGAAACGCAAUUGGCUAUAUCAGAGUACUCUGAGGCCUCUUAAUCUGGAAGAAGAAAAUAAGAAAUGCCAAGAUAAAAGUCAUUUAUCCAUCUCACCUGUGUCUCUACCUAAACAUCAGCUAUCACAGUCUUUCCUCAAAUCAUCUAAAGAGUACUGUACAUAUGUGGUAUGUAAUGCUACAAACUCUUCAUUAUCGAAAAACUGUGCUUUAGAUUUUAAUGAGGAAAAUGAUGCAGAUGAUGAAGGAGAAAUAUGGUACAACCCCAUUCCUGAGGAUGAUGACCUUGGUAUAUCAAGUGCCUUGAGUUUUGGUGAGGCAGACUCUGCUGUUAUGAAGCUCCCUGCUGUCAAUUUGAGCAUGUUGUCUGGCAGUGACCUGAUGAAAGCAGAGCAGCAUACUGAAGACUCACUGUGCUCUUCUGAACAUGCAGGUGAUAUUCAGACCACACGGUCAAAUGGAAUGAAUCGUAUAGAUCCUGCCCAUUCCACAGAAUUUGUGCAGCAGUACAAGCAAAGGCUAGGACACAAGACACAAGAAGGUAUAAUGGUAGAGGACAGUCCCAUGUUGAAAUCUCCUUUUGCAGGCUCUGGGAUCCUGGCUGCUACAAAUAGUACUGAAUUGGGAAUUAUAGAACCAUCUUCUCCAAAUCCUAGCCCUGUGAAAAAAGGCAGUUCAAUUAAUUGGUCAUUGCCAGAUAAAAUAAAAUCUCCACGAACUGUGAGGAAACUUUCCAUGAAAAUGAAAAAGUUGCCAGAAUUUAGCCGAAAGCUAAGCGUUAAGGGAACAUUGAAUUAUAUAAACAGUCCAGAUAAUACUCCUUCUUUGUCUAAAUAUAACUGCCGAGAAAUUCAUCAUACUGAUAUUCUGCCCUCUGGGAACACAACCACCGCUGCUAAGAGGAAUGUUAUAAGCCGAUACCAUCUUGAUACCAGUGUAUCCUCCCAGCACAGCUACCAGAAGAAAAACUCUAUGAGUUCUAAGUAUUCCUGCAAAAGUGGUUACCUUAGUGAUGGAGACUCACCUGAACUUAUAACUAAAGCUAGCAAACAUGGAUCUGAAAACAAAUUUGGAAAAGGAAAAGAAAUAAUUUCAAAUAGUUGUAGCAAAAAUGAAAUAGACAUUGAUGGUUUUAGGCAUUAUAGCUUUUCUGAUCAACCUAAGUGUUCACAGUACAUAUCUGGGCUCAUGAGUGUACAUUUCUAUGGUGCUGAGGAUUUAAAACCACCUCGGAUAGAUUCAAAAGACGUCUUUUGUGCAAUUCAGGUAGAUUCAGUAAACAAAGCAAGAACAGCUUUGCUCACAUGUCGAACAACAUUUUUAGACAUGGAUCACACUUUCAACAUAGAAAUUGAAAAUGCACAACAUUUGAAACUAGUAGUAUUCAGUUGGGAACCCACUCCAAGAAAAAAUCGAGUUUGUUGUCAUGGAACUGUUGUUCUUCCCACCUUAUUUAGAGUGACAAAGACUCAUCAAUUGGCUGUCAAACUUGAACCUAGAGGUCUUAUUUAUGUGAAAGUGACUCUUAUGGAACAGUGGGAGAAUUCUCUUCAUGGACUAGAUAUAAACCAAGAACCAAUAAUAUUUGGAGUUGAUAUUCAAAAAGUUGUAGAGAAAGAAAAUCUAGGACUGAUGGUGCCCCUUCUGAUACAGAAAUGUAUUAUGGAAAUUGAAAAGAGAGGCUGUCAGGUAGUAGGCCUGUAUCGGUUAUGUGGUUCGGCAGCAGUCAAGAAAGAACUGCGAGAGGCUUUUGAGAGAGAUAGCAAAGCUGUUGGUCUGUGUGAAAACCAGUACCCAGAUAUAAAUGUAAUAACAGUCCAAUCACCAACUGUCUGCGGUUUGUUUUUUAAAGGUGUUCUUAAGGAUUAUUUAAGAGAACUCCCUUCUCCUCUGAUAACAAAGCAGCUUUAUGAGGCUGUAUUAGAUGCAAUGGCAAAAAGUCCUUUGAAAAUGUCAUCAAAUGGUUGUGAGAAUGACCCAAGUGACUCUAAGUACACUGUUGACCUGCUGGAUUGUCUGCCAGAGAUUGAGAAGGCAACCCUAAAGAUGUUGUUGGAUCAUUUGAAAUUGGUGGCUUCCUAUCAUGAAGUGAAUAAGAUGACGUGCCAGAAUUUGGCUGUGUGCUUUGGACCAGUAUUAUUAAGUCAGAGGCAAGAGCCUUCCACCCAUAACAACAGAGUCUUUACUGAUUCAGAAGAACUCGCAAGUGCUUUGGAUUUUAAAAAACACAUUGAAGUUCUUCAUUACUUACUCCAACUCUGGCCAGUGCAGCGUUUAACUGUCAAAAAAUCAACAGACAAUUUAUUCCCAGAGCAGAAGUCUUCCCUGAAUUAUUUGAGGCAGAAGAAAGAACGACCUCAUAUGUUAAAUUUGAGUGGUACUGAUUCAUCAGGAGUACUUAGGCCAAGGCAAAACCGAUUAGACAGUCCACUUAGCAAUCGUUAUGCAGGAGACUGGAGCAGCUGUGGGGAAAACUACUUUUUAAAUACAAAAGAAAAUUUAAAUGAUGUGGAUUAUGAAGAUGUCCCUUCAGAAGAUAGAGAAAUCGGAGAAAAUUAUAGCAAAAUGGAUGGGCCAGAAGUAAUGAUUGAACAGCCAAUUCCCAUGUCCAAAGAGUGUACAUUUCAGACAUAUUUGACAAUGCAGACAAUUGAGUCUCCAGUGGAUCGAAAAAACAAUCUCAAAGAUCUACAAGAAAGUAUUGAUAUUUUGAUUGGAAAUCUGGAACGUGAGCUCAACAAAAACAAGCUUAAUAUGAGUUUUUGAGAUUGAGGGUUUUUUUUUUUUUGUAAUAUCUUAAAGUUUCAAAUCUGUUUUUGUUUUAUUUUCUUAUACCACCCACAGCGAUGUUUUCAUUUUUUUUACUCUUGAAAUCUUUAAUUAAUUUCUAAUAAGUUUAUCUGAUUCAAUUAAAAACACUAUUCAUUAAUAUAAUUUUUACUUAUCUCACUAGAAAACUUUUCUGGGGAUCAAUAAAACUUGGACUUCUUGGGAUAUUUUACUACAUCUUGCCAACUCUAUGGAGAUAACUUUCAAAUGCACUUAAGAAGGUUCACAUAAGUUAUUAGCCCCUCAAGGUUUUUCUGCGUUAUGGGAACCACUCUUCUGUAGCUGAGACAGAUGUCCCUUUUUUUUUGUUUUUGAGACAGAGCCUCACUCUGUCGCCCAGGCUGGAGUGCACUGGUGCGUUCUCAGCUCACUGCAACCUCCACCUCCCCAGUUCAAGUGAUUCUCCUGCCACAGCCUUCCGAGUAGCUGUGAUGACAGGCACCCGCCACCAUGCCCAGCUAAUUAUUGUAUUUUUAGUAAAGACGGGGUUUCACUAUGUUGGCCAGGCUGGUCUCAAACUCCUGACCUCAGAUGAUCCGCCCACCUUGGCCUCCCAAAGUGCUGGGAUUACAGGCGCGAGCCACUGUGCCUGGCCUCUAGAUGUUCUUUUAGAGGAACAUCACAGCUGCUCAGUCUGAUUUGCAGCACUGGUCUUAGUACACUGCAACAUCCUUUGGUCAAAUUUUAUUUGUAAUGCAAAUGCUGCUAUAAGAAAAUCUUUUUAUAAAUAAAAGUGAAAUUAUACAAGUAUUAAUGUUUUCUGUAUUAACAGUAAUUAUUUAAGCUUAUAAAAAUUAAAUAUUUUUAUAAUCCUGAAACUAUGUAUAUAUUUAUAAAUGCAUAUAUGUAUAGAUAUCAGGAUGGGGAAGGAGUUAUUGUAGAAUCACAUGUAUUUUUAAAGUAUAUAUGUCAUGAGGCCAAAAUUAUUAUCUUAAAGUAUUUUUUUCAGGGAAAGAACAUUUAAAUUAAAGGAGGAAUUACAUAAAAACACUUGAACAAUAAUACUCUGGAAGCAUCUGAAUAGAAAUAAUAGACUUUCUUUCCUUUAUUUACAGAAAGUCACAAUGUCCCCUGGGAAAAGUCAUCUUUUAAAUGUGAAAUCCUCUAACUCCUUAAUGGAUUAAGUACCCAGAUUUCUGCACUGGUGACUUAAGAUUUAAUAAAUCUGCCCCUAUUCUAUGCAUUUUUAUAUUCUGCUUUGUUUUAUUUAUUUGUAGUAGUACAUUUAUAACAUUGACUUUAUAAUUACCCCCAUUUGUUUCUAAAUAGUCUUGCCAGCAUAUUACAUGUUACUGAUUUUUUAAAAUUAACUUAUUUUGGCUAAGUAUAUAUACAAUGUUAUAGAAUCACAGUAAUGUUUGAAAAUGUAAAUUUAGAAGGCUUUUGUAUUAAAUCAAAAUGUAUUUUUUUAAACUUCUAUAUCUACAGAAUAUGUAAUUUUAAAAUUAUAAAUAGACUUUAAGUUACCAACUUUUAAGAUAUGGCAGCCAUUGAAAAACUGACUUCCUGAUGUUUUUCUAAAUGUUAAAAUACUUAAAAUAUUUCUAUGCAAUAAAUAUUGAUAAACAGACAUUAUUUAAUUUGAAAACCCAUUGUUAAAAAAGAUAAAUAUUUUUAUAUGAAAUUUUCAUUUUUUAAAACUUUGUGUUAACAAUUCAGAAGAAUACCAAGAGAACAUAUAUAUUGAGUAAAUAGUCAAAGGAAAGUACUCUUGAAUGUUUUAUAGGAAAGCUGUCUCAGUUUCCUUCCUUUUGUUGCUAUAUCAUGUAUGAAUUGAAUAAGUUGCUCUAGAAAUGUAAAAAUUUUAUUAAAAUAUUAUAAUCUUCGUGUUAUGCUAUUAAUUAUAAUGGUUUUAAGGAUCACUUAUUUUAAUAUUCUUUUUAAACAAAGGUGUUAAAAUUUUGGACCAUCAUGUAUUAUCCAUCAAUAUAUGUAAAUAACAUUUAUUUGUCCAAAAUUUUCCAGAAUCUGAAAUACUUUAAGGGCCAUGCUUGUAUUACUAUAUUAGUAUAUUAUUUUGGAUGAGAAUAGUUUUAAAGUUAAUCUCUGCCUUCUUAGAGAAUUCUAUCUUUUUUUGUUGUCUAUUCACCAAGUUAUAGCUAUAAACUGCUUUUAUUGACUCUGCUGUACCCAAAGUGUUGGAUAAGUUUAGAUGUCUUUACUUUAAAUGGCAUUUUACUUCAAAUAUUUUUUGAGAGUUUUUAUACCUGCUUUUUAUAAUUUCCUAGGAUCUUUCUGUAGUGUCAACUGUUGCUCCUUUCUGAGGCUGCCAGCUUUAAUUUUUCUUUUUCUUUUUUUUUCUUUUUUUUAAAUAGAGACAAGAUCGCAGUAUAUUGCCCAGGCUGGUCUCAAAUUCCUGGGCUCAAGCGAUCCACCUGCGUCAGCCUCCCAAAGUGCAAGGAUUACAGGCGUGAGCCACUAUGCCCAGCCCCUAAUGUUUUUUAGGAUUAAAAACAAUUUUAAUUUUAGAGCAUGUACCUGAAUAAAAAUUCUAAACAAUUCAGAUGGAUAGAAAAUAAAAGUACAAGUGUUUCUGUCUUCCAUCCACACCAAUUUCACCUCUUAGAGGUAACAGCAUGUUUCUUGCUGCUGUUUCUUAUCAUUUAAGCCGAAUUUGUCGUUCUAUGAAUGAUAAACAGUUUAUCUCACUUCAUUCCUUCUCACCAUUUUUGUUAUGUUUUUAGUUCAUUUGUUCUCCUUUAUAACCGUAGUUAAUAAUUUUUUUGAUCCAUUGAUUUUAAAUAUAUUUCCCUAACACUGAGGAAAUGACCAACCUUGUACGUCCCUUCCAUUACUGUUCUUUAGCUCCUAACUUCUCUUAAGUUAUACUGUUAAUUUAUAUAAUCAGUUUUAAUAGAUGUAUAAUGUUUUCCCUUUAUACUGUAUAUUUAUUUGUAUAUUGUAUAUACUGUAUACUGUAUAUUUAUUCUAAACACUGCAAAUCAGUAACUAGCAGUCACACUAUGCAAAAGUAUGCACAGGUAAACCAGGUGAUUUAUCUCCUUCUAUGUAUCUACCUUAUAUCCUUAAGUCUGUGCUGAUUUAAGCAGAAUGUUUUCACGCAUAAAGGCCAAAUGGAUUCUUUUAUAGCCAGCCGUCAACUUCCCCAGAUCAUGCCAUGUGUCAUUUGCUACGUAAUUGGGUCAUGGCUUUUGCAUACUUUAAUGGUUCCUGGAGUAAUUGAUUUUAUUUCUUUUUUUUAAAAAAAAUCUUUCAAUAGAGACGGGGUAUUGUUAUGUUGCCAGGACUGGUCUCAAAUUUGUAGGCUCAAGCGAUCCUUUCCGCCUCAGCCCCCCAAAGUGCUGGGAUUACAGUGUGAGCCACUGCUUCCAGCCUGCUUUUAUUUGACAGAAGAAAAACACUUGCUUUACUGUAGCUCUUCUUUUAAUCAUACUAUUGAAUUACCAAAUUUGUUCAGAGUGCUUUUAGCCCUCAUCUUGGAGUUCUGGAACUAUAUUCUUGUCUUUAUUUUUCUUUGACAGAAUUGACAGGAAGGAAGAAAGUAUGUUCUUCACUCUAACCCCGAGAUCAUUUUAUGCUUCUUAAUCAGCCUCAUCGAAUUUGGACAGUGAUUUUUAGCUAUCAUCUUAGGAUGUAUUUUCUUUGUACUCCUAUUUUUUUUUUUUUUUUUUUGCUGCAUUCUUUCUUGAAUUUGUCUUUUCUGUUUGCUGAAGUAUAUUUACGGGUGCCUUUUUUUCCCCCAGAAAGGGUGCAUGGGAGAGAAACUAAGAGUCCUUGUGUGUCUGACAAGGCCUUUAUUUUUUCCUCACACUUUAUUUUUAUUGGGCCUGCAGUUCUAUGUUCAAACUCAUUUUUCUUUAUAAUUUUGAAGACAUUUCACUAUUACCUUCAAGCAUCCAGUUUUGCAGUAGUCCAGGCUAGAAAGAUUCGGACCAGGAUAGAAACAAUAGAGAUGGUGAGAUAUGGUUGGAUUCUGGAUAUAUUUUGAAGCAGGAGCUAAAAGAAUCUGCCAGUGGACUAUGAAAGGAGUAGGGCCUGAGCAGCUGAAUGAUGGCGCGCCAUCAAAUGAGAUUGAAAUGACUCCCUGUUUUUUCAGUGAGUUCCUUCUAUUGGACGUUGGUAUUGUUAAUAUAGUAGUUAUUAAAAUGUCUUAUAAUAUCCUGUUAACGAUUAGUACUAAUGCCUCUGUACUUGGUGAUGGUGCUCAUAGAGUUACUACUAGAAUAAGAAGGCCAGGAGACUUCAUCU